GACUGAGCAAGGCGGAUGACAUCAUGAGCUAGGGAACAGUGAGCAGCCAGUGAAGCGUCCAGCCUGCCGAACAAGACUGAGUUUAGGGUCAGGAACCGGUCUGACAAGAGAAUGGCAAUCCUGCCUGUUAACUGUCAAUAGGACUAUACAGUUAAGGAUGAACCUACCAGAACACUGGAUCCAAAGGCGACACACCGAACAAGAGAAUGUCAAGACAUAUUUCAGGAUACUGUGAGUGUUACUAAAGAUGUCCGAUAGUGUCGAUAUUGAAGAGAAACCGCCAGCCCCUCCCUUGAGAAUGAACAGUAGUUCCCGAGACUCUUCAUCAGUGAAUCACGGCUCCAAACCUCUCCCAAUGGCUCCUGAAGAGAAGAACAAGAAGGUUCGCCUGCGCUCCAUCUUCCCUGGAGGAGACAAGACAAACAAGAAGAAGGAGAAGGAGCGUCCUGAGAUCUCCCUGCCUUCAGACUUUGAGCACACCAUACAUGUUGGUUUUGACGCUGUUACAGGGGAGUUCACUGGCAUCCCAGAGCAGUGGGCGCGGCUCCUUCAGACCUCCAACAUCACCAAGCUGGAGCAAAAGAAGAACCCUCAGGCCGUGCUGGACGUGCUCAAGUUCUAUGACUCCAAAGAGACGGUCAACAACCAGAAAUACAUGAGUUUCACCUCCGGAGACAAAUCCGCACAUGGAUACAUAGCAGUCAACACUCUGAACCGACUGCUGUCGUCUGGGCCUCCUGUCAGCCAUAGAACCUGCAGCGCCUUAUUUGACAAGGGUGCAAAGACAUCCACAGAGCCCCCGAUAGCGCCCCCUGUGUCAGAGGAGGAGGAGGAGGAGGAGGAAGAAGAGGAGGAGGAUGACGAUGAUGACAAUGAGCUUCCGCCCGUCAUCGCACCUCGACCUGAGCACACUAAAUCUAUAUACACCCGCUCUGUCAUCGAGCCCUUGGCGCCUCCCGCCCCUGUGAAGGAGGUCACAACCCCACCGGAGUCCCAGGUCCAGCCAGAGAACACGUCCAGCACUCUGUACCGCAACACCGACCGGCAGAAGAAGAAGUCCAAGAUGACAGACGAGGAGAUUCUGGAGCGACUGAGGAGCAUUGUGAGUGUGGGGGACCCCAAAAAGAAGUACACACGCUUUGAGAAAAUAGGACAAGGGGCAUCUGGCACUGUAUACACAGCCAUUGACAUUGCUACUGGCCAGGAGGUGGCCAUCAAGCAGAUGAAUCUCCAGCAGCAGCCCAAGAAGGAGCUCAUUAUCAACGAGAUCCUGGUGAUGAGGGAAAACAAAAACCCCAACAUAGUCAACUACCUGGACAGUUACCUGGUAGGGGAUGAGCUGUGGGUGGUGAUGGAGUACCUGGCUGGAGGCUCACUGACCGAUGUCGUGACUGAGACCUGCAUGGACGAGGGCCAGAUCGCUGCAGUCUGCAGAGAGUGUCUGCAGGCUCUGGACUUUCUGCACUCCAACCAGGUGAUCCACAGAGACAUCAAGAGUGACAACAUCCUGCUGGGCAUGGACGGCUCGGUCAAGCUCACCGACUUCGGGUUCUGUGCCCAGAUCACCCCAGAGCAGAACAAGCGCAGCACCAUGGUGGGCACGCCCUACUGGAUGGCACCCGAGGUGGUGACCCGCAAGGCCUACGGGCCCAAGGUGGACAUCUGGUCCCUGGGCAUCAUGGCUAUAGAGAUGGUGGAGGGUGAACCUCCCUACCUGAAUGAGAACCCUCUCAGGGCGCUGUACCUUAUCGCCACCAACGGGACUCCAGAGCUCCAGAACCCUGAGCGUCUGACCUCCGUGUUCAGAGACUUCCUCAACCGUUGCCUGGAGAUGGACGUGGACCGCAGAGGCUCAGCCAAGGAGCUCCUCCAGCAUUCGUUCCUGAAGUUAGCCAAGCCCCUGUCCAGCCUGAGCCCCCUGAUUGUUGCAGCCAAGGAAGCCAUCAAGAACAGCAGCCGCUAGGAGGCACUGUGUGUCCACACACAGAGCUGGACCCUGCUCCAUGGGGUUGUGAGACAGGCAGCCCAGGGAUAGACAGUAACCAACCCCCCUG